AUGGACGGACUAAACUACACCUUUAACGGCCUGGGAGAGUUUACGUUACUGGACGUCGAUAGCGGAGAGAUGCAAGUUCAGGCGCGGACGAGAAAGGUGUCAGACACCUCAAAGGCUACGGUCUUCUCCAGUGUUGCAAUACAGCUUGUCAACCACAGUCUCAUUCAGGUGAACCUGAAAAACGGUACUGAGGAAGAACUGGAGGUUUUUAUAAACUGCACCAUGAUUGACAUUGGGAACUUCACCAAUGACACCAGUACACAUUCUUUGCUGUCGUAUACCGGUGCAUUAUCAAUAAGCUUCGCAGUUCCUGUAACCUUUGAAAACCGUACUAAAGGCCUGAUGGGCGUGUUUAACAACGACAAAAGUGAUGACCUCACGCCUAGCAACGGUGCACCAAUACCUGAGACGUCGUCAGAAGCUGAUAUAUACCACCAGUUUGGAAUAACGUGGAUGGUUACGAACGAAACAACCAUAUUCUGCUACCAGGCUGGCGAGAGCUACGAGAUCUACAACUUCCCGGAUUUUACACCUAUGUUCACUGACAACAUAACGUUCGCUAACGCUACUCUUCAAGCGGCAGCUGAAGACCUCUGUGGAUCUGAUAUGUCAUGCCUCUUUGAUACAGCACAAACUGAAGAUCUCAGUUUUGGCGAGGCAAGUCUCAGUGAGAAAAUUGCCAGUGACAGAGCUACCUUAGACUUAGAUAAUUUCCCUCCAAAAAUCACAGGGCCAAGAUCGCACAAGGUCGAUCGUGGUGUAUUGACCACCAUAACAACGAACGUGUCAGACGCCAAUGGUGACACUAUGACGUGCCAGCUCGAGACAAAUGGCUCCACUUCUGCCAACCUAUCGCAAGUUUCUGGCGACGAAUAUAAUGUGGACAUUCUCAUCAACUCCAUCUCGGAGGAGCUAAAUUUGAAGUUGAUAGCAAAGGACACCAAUGACGCCAGGAGCUCCUACCAGCCUGUGAUAGAAUACUGUCCUUGUGAAAACGGUGGCACUUGCGCAUCACUUACAGCUUCCGAGCUGGAAGAAGCGUCUUCAUACUUCAUCGUCUUGGAAUGUAUAUGCCCGGACAGUUACACGGGGACGUACUGCGAAAGUGACAUCGACGCAUGCGCAGAGAACGCAGAUCCCUGUUAUCCCGGGGUUCGUUGUCAAAAUGACCCUCCACCACGUAAUAUAACUGGGUACACGUGUGGGCCUUGUCCUGAAGGUUAUACUGGGGACGGGAAAAUAUGCGACGAUAUAAACGAAUGUGUCAAUGGCAGUGAAUGUGACCACAUCUGCAUCAACAUUCCGGGAUCAUACGCUUGCUCUUGUAACACGGGCUAUCAGUUGGCUGCUGAAGGGCGCUGUGACGAUGUGAAUGAAUGUGUCCCAGCCAGUGACUGCUCCCAGACUUGUAUUAACACGGAGGGUUCCUACACCUGUGGGUGUGACACCGCCUUCUCCCUCCAGGCUGACGGCAAAACUUGUGCUCCCACCACGGUUUGCACCACUAAUAUCGGCUGUGAUCUGGUGAAUGGCUGGUGUUACGUAGAUUCAGUCGGAACCAAUCAGUGUAGUUGUAAGAAAGGCUUCACUCUUACUGGAGGAACCCAAUGUAACGAUGAGGACGAGUGUUCUACCGGAGCAAACAGAUGUAACCAGCAGUGUGUGAAUACUGUGGGCUCCUACAACUGUUCUUGUAACGGAGGCUACACCAUGUCAACUGAUGGCUACACCUGCAAAGACAUAGAUGAAUGUAACCAGUUAGCCCCGGUGUGUAACUCUACGCAACUGUGUAUUAACAGUCCUGGUGGAUAUAGCUGUACCUGUCCUACAGGCACCGUGGAUAUCGGGGGCGAGUGUAGACAGUUGGCCGAUAACGUCAUGCCGGCCGCCGAUGAGACCAGGACUCCAAGCACAGACGAGAGAGAGAAUGCUGUUAGAAUGUCCGCCCAAAUGGAUAUAUCUGACUAUACGGUUGCCGUGGAUACGGCCGUUACUACAACGAUAGCUUCCGCGGCAACUACCUACUGCGCAGGCGGGAACUGUUCUUUAAUCUCAGGAACGGCGACAACGCGACGAAGGAGGUCCACGCCCACCCUUACCUUCAGCUACAACUUCGUUCUGCGUGUGCCAGGUUACCCAGCACCAUCUAGCGAUGACCCCACCUCCAUAGAUCUGCACACUACUAUAAAAUUCAAGCACAUCUGA